GCUCGUCGGAGCUCGGGGAGGGGGGACCGGAGGACGUCGGCACCAAGAAAAAAAGUACGAUGAAAUUUCCUGGUGGAGGCACGAGCAUCGUACUCUCCUGGAUGCAAGUGAAACGCCGACUCCCAUAUAUGCGCGCAAACAUGAGGAUUUGACAACUUGCUAAAAUUUGGCAACCUGGAUGGCAAGCUGUUGGAGACCUUUUUUUGCAAUUUGCCAAAAAACAGAGAUAACAAGUUAGGAUGGGGAGCUGUUGGAGUUGCUCUUAGUUUUUUAUAUAGGUAGGAUAUCAAUAGCAGAGUUCGUAUGUAUGUUGGGUGACUGAUUUAGUGAGAUAUGCUCUUAGAUCUGGAGAUGUACCCAAAUCUGGUACAAUUUGGGUCUACAUAUUGACUUGAAUGCUCGUGUCGGUGUUACUAUAUAUAUAUAUACUUCCUAAUUCUCUACAUGAUUUCUAACCAUAAUUAAUUAUUUGUACGUACCAAUCUAUCUUCACCGCAUGAGUGCAAGCAGGUGCGGAGCUACAUGAAGCUAAGGGGGUUACAUGAACAUGGCUUAGACUUUUUUGAACUAAAAUUCAUCUAUUUUAUCGUAUAUGCACUUACUCAAUCUAAAUUCGAGGACUCGUGAUAGUCUAAAUCUGGUUCAAAACACUAAAAAACACUAAAAAGACAAGUGAGUGGCAGCCCUAUAUAUUUCAUACGAGCUCCGCCCUAGAGUGUAAGAGUUGCUGGCUAUAUACUUAGCUCGAUCAAAUGUCAUUAUCUAAAAAAUUAAAAGAAUAAUCACAUGGAGCAUUAUAAUUUUCAGCACAUGGUAACGGUGGAUAGAUACUACCAGUCUACCACUAGUGGUACAUACCUUAGCUACCACCUUUCCAAUGGAUCUGUUCUCUUAUCAAACUUGUACGCGUAUAUUCUCGCAAAAUGAAACAAAUAAAUGUAUUUUUUUUUCUUUGCCCACUUGCACACCUCGGUCAAGCGCGAGCCCGACGGCGACGGCGACGGCGACGACGACGACGGUGACGGCGACCGGGAUACCCGCAGGAAGGCGGUCUGGGUACAGCACACGCAAGUACGCAACUCCCUCCCCCGCCGGCUCCCUCCACGGCGGAACUAGCUCCCACCCUCUGGGUCUUCCGCCUCCUCCACCAGCUGGCCCGCGCGCAUCGGUGGCGCCACGCGGCCGGUCUCUGGAUCUUCUCCUCGCCCGUCGGCGGGGUCCGGUAUGUGGAGGAAGUCCGCCGCACGAUCGUGGUUUGCUGAGCCCGCCUAAUGAAAUCUGUGUAGCGGCGUCUUGAUUUUGGAUGAGUUGGUGGUUUUCUGAUACGAGCGAGAUGCUCGAUGAAAUGCCACCAUGGAGAUCCCUCGUACUGCUGAGGACAUCGGGUUGUGCAACACGCGGCAGAAGGGGCUACUCUACCACUUGGAAGAUGAUCGGAUAUGAUCAAAGGUGUCGCUCCACAAUCUAUGCAUAUCUCUAGAAGAGCUCGUCGAGUAUAUAUUUUCCAAAAUGGCUUUCCAACAGGGUCUCAAAGACUGCUCUGAUGCACUUGGAAACGUUCAGUCCAGACUGAGGGCUUGUGCGCAUGCCAUCAUGUUCCAUGUCAUCAUAGGGAUCCCAACUGGACUUAAAGAGCUCGAUGUGGUUGAUGCCAAAGAGCUUGUGGCAUGUGAUCACUGCCUUCACUUCAUCAAUGGACGGUCCAUAUAGUGUGCAUGCCAUCGACAGCACCAUAGAGAUGCAUACCUGUGAUUGCCAGUGGAGACAGUAAGAGGAGUGGAAAAGGUGAACACUUUGGCAAGGGAAAAGCCUGGUGUACUAGGAUCCGGGCAGACCAGAGAUAUAGAACGGAGGUUCUUGUUAAAGAUAUAUCAUGAUCAGGAAGGAGUCAAGGACAAAUCUGAAGCCUAGAGUUGUUGGCAUAGUUUGCCUCCGCUGCUCCUAUUGCCAUAUGGAAGUCACGUUCCAUCUUCAUGCCUAACAAAAACUCUUGGUACGAGCCAUGGUGAACAUUGAACGUGAUUUUCAUAUGGCUAGUGGGGAAGGGGAAGGAAGCUAUGCCAAGUACUCCAGGCGUCAGACAAUUGUUAUACAUGAAACUAAACCAGUCGUGGAGAAAGCCACAAUAGAAGUGUACAGGGCUCUUCUCCCCAAAACAAUGGUUAUUGCAGACUUAGGCUGCUCUUCAUCUUCAGGACCAAACACAAUGCUCUUCAUGUCCCAUAUCAUCGGCAUCAUAGCUGACCUGUGCAGUAAGCUGGAUGAACAUGAUGCCGUGGAACUUCAGUUCUUGAACGACCUACCGGGAAAUGACUUCAACCAACUCUUUCGAUCACUCGAAAACAUCAAGAACUCAGCAACAGCAGAUCACAAGGGGGGCAGACUUCCAUCAUACUACAUAUCCGGUCUGCCAAAAUCCUACUACUCCAGGCUUUUUCCUCGCCACAGUGUUCAUCUCUUCCACUCCUCAUACUGUCUUCACUGGCGUUCCCAGGUGCCAGAGGGUUUAGUGACUAGUGGGAAGUCUUCCUUAGAUGAGGAGAACAUAUACAUCAGGUCUAAGUCUAACACAACACCAUUGGUGGUGAAAUUGUUCCAAGAGCAAUUCCGGAAGAACUUGUCCCUUUUCCUCGAGCUCCGCCAUGAAGAACUUGUGGAAGGUGGGCAGAUGGUGCUUGCACUUCUUGGGAGGAAGGAUGAGGAUGUGUACAAUGGUAUUGUGAAUAAGGAAAAGGUGAAAUCUUUCAACCUACCUGUCUAUGGGCCAUCAGUUGAUGAGGUUAAGGAAAUAAUACUUCAGCAGAGCAACAUGUUCGACUUGGAUCACAUCAAACUAUUCGAGGCAAACUGGGACCCUUUCGACGAUUCAGAAGGUGAUGUUGUUCAUGACAUUUCCAGCAGCAGCCUGAAUAUCACUACGGGCAUUAGGACAGUGCUGGAAUCCAUUAUAGCAAGCCAUUUCGGAGAAACCAUACUCGAUGAGCUGUUUCAAGAGUUUUGGUGUGUCGUGGCCAAGCACCUUGCGAGGGAGAAGACAAAGUAUGCAGUCAUCGUCAUGUCACUGAAGAAGAUAUAAUAGAACUUGGUCCAUGAAUGUCCUCUCUCUUCACACAAAAAGGUCUCUGCAUAAUCCAUCACGGGAGCAGAGUAUAUCCAGUCUAAUGGUCAGAUAGUACGAUAGUAAUAAGACCACUCAUUUACUUGUUUUUUAUGGUGUUUACGAAUUAUCCAAAAAUACUGAGAGUAAUAUACACAAUAUACACUGUCGGAGGGUGAGCUCGUCGACCGGGGGACCCCUUUUUAGUUUGGCCCAGGGGUGCGAGUUAGGGCCUGAAAGCCUCGUUAAAGAAAAAGAGUGCAAAGCAAAAAAGAUUUUAGGGGGUUGGGCCUCUCGACGGACAUAGAGGAGUUAUACAGGUUUAGGCCGCCGUGAGACGUAAUAACUUACUCCUGUCGCUUAUGCACUAUGAGAGUAAAUGCAUU